AUGGCUGUGGUGCGUACUCUAAAUCCUCCUCCUCCACAAAAUGAUACUCCUCCUCCACAAAAUGAUUUACCCUUUCAAGAAAGUGAACCAAGUUCUCCUUUACAUCAUGCUAGUGAACAACAUUCUUCCCCAUCUCACAAUUUCCCUCAAAAUGAAGAUGGGCAAUCUUUUCCCCAAGGUGGUUCGGAUCCUAGUGCUCAAAUUGGUGAAGGAAGGUUAAGUGCACUUGAUAUUAUUAAUCUUCCACAAGACCCCGGGAAAAGAAGAAGGAUGUGUGAUUUUCAUCCCGAUGAUAGGGAUUUAGUGCGGAGAACAUACAUUCAAAGAAAGCCAUGUCAACCUAAAGAUCAUGCGUUUCCUCAAACACUUUUUGGGCCGAUAAAACGUCGAUUUAAUGUUAAUUGGUUUGAUACUUGGCCAACAUGGCUUGAGUAUAGUGUUGAGAAAGAUGUUGCCUUUUGUUUCAUUUGCUAUCUAUUUAAGGAUGGUAACACAGCGGGAGUGGAUGCUUUUGUUAAUGGAGGUUUCAGACGUUGGAAUAGAAGAGACACAAUUGUAAAGCAUGUUGGUGGACACAAGAGUGCUCACAAUAAUGCUGUGAUUGCUAUGAACUUUUUCAUGAAUCAAAUGAGUAGCAUUGCCACCGCUUUAUCAAAACAAACAGCGGAAACCAUGAGUGCCUAUCGUAAGAGAUUAGAAGCUUCAAUUGAAACCAUUAAAUGGCUAUUGUUCCAAGGGUUGCCUUUUCGUGGUCAUGAUGAAAAGGAAAGUUCAUUGUCUAGAGGUAACCUUCUUUCGUUAUUAACUCUUCUUUCAAACCAUGAUCCUGAGUACUCCAAAGUUGUUUUUUAA